AUGCAAUACCGCACAUCAGCCCUCGUUGCCCUCUUCUCCGCUACCACCGCCCUUGCCUACCUCGACUGCGGCGGCGGCCGUGCACCUCCCAAGACCACCGUCCCAGGCUGCCCCGGAUACGUUGACCCUGCAACUGUCGUCCCAACAUCAACUGUCGCCCCAACAUCAAGUAUCGAAUACUAUAGUUAUCUUAGCGCUGAUCUCAGUGACUAUGACACCGACAAUUCUUACUAUGAAUACGCCACCAUUACCGCCGAAGGCUCUGUCGUCACUGAUCAGCCUGAGGUUGGGGCGGCUGCCAACGAAUACUACAGUCUUUACAUUGACAAUGAUGUAGUAUCCGGAUGCAACUGCAGAGGAUAUCUUUGUCAAUAUGCCACUCCUGGAUGUGUAAACUUGGACGCUUCUAGCACCAUCACCGCCAAUCCUGGGUGGGAGACCAAGACCUUUGAUGAGGAGGCUUAUUCCUCGUACAUCAAGACCGCUUCAUCUCCCAGUGGAGAGCUCUCCAUCGAUGGUUACAGAAUCGAAUUGAUAACGCCCGUCCCAAGCGCCUCUGGCUACGCCGCUAGCACUGCCACCAAGACCGGAAAGGCCUCUGCCACCGCGACUGGAUCCGGAUCUGCUACCGGAGCUGCUGUUACCACCAUGGCGACAUCAACACUUGCGGCAUUGUCUUCCCAGGCUGCCUCUAACUCUUCUUCCAAUGCGACUGCCUCGUCGACUGGUGUAGUCGUCGCAAACACAAAUUCGGCUUCCACAAUCUCUGGAAUGACCAGUCUGGUUGCUCUGUUGAUUUCUGGGGCCGCAGCUAUUGUUAUGUUGUAA